AUGUUUGCCUGUGCUAAACGCAAUGAUCUAGCGCAGUUCGUGCAGCUGGUGGCGCAAUACGGCGACGCAUUGGCGCGAGAACGACGAGACCCACAAGGCCACACGAUCGCUCAUUGGGCAGCGCAGAAAGCCAACGGAGAAUUCCUCUACUAUUUGCACUCAAUCGGAGCACCCAUCGACGCACCCAGUGAAGACGGUAAGGUUCAGCUACACCCGAUCCACUGGGCCUGUGCUGCAGGCAACUUCAGCGCACUUCGCACCCUGGUCCUUAAGCUCGGGGUGGACGUCAACACUUGUGACGCCAAGAAACAUCGCUCUCCUCUACUGGUAGCAGCUCAGAAUGGACAUCCGCUGUUAGUUCUCUUUUGUGUGCGGAACGGAGCGGACGUGACGCUCGUGGACGUCGAUGGAGACACCGCCGUCCACUGGGCAGCGUAUAAAGGCGCUACCGAGAUCGUAGCAGUGUUCCAGUACUUGCAAGUCAGCUCCGACGCGCCAGAUAAAUUCGGACAAACGCCGUUGCAUCUCGCAGCUAUGAGAGGAGAGCUAGAGACCGUGCAGUUCCUAGUAGAGACGCUGGAUGCAGAUGUUAAGGCGCUGGACUCCAAGAAACGCACCCCACGAGAUCUGGCGCAGCUGAAGCGUUUCCGUGAAGUGGUGCGGUAUUUAAAGCAGCGAGAAAUGCGUGUGGCAGCGUGGAACAUUGCUGCCUUCACGUGGUGGUGCAACCCAGGCAGUCGAGCUCCGUACCACUUCACACUGGUCAACGCCGUGGCCUCCGCGUUGAUUUACCUGCUCCUGGUAUUCCCGCUAAUGCCAGAGAGACGCAAUGUGAUGGUGCCGCAUCUAGCGUGGAACGCUGCGACGUGGUACUUCUUCUACCGUACCGUAACGACCAAGCCUGGUAGCUGUCCAAGCGACAAUAAAAAGUAUGGCGUAGCGUACGAGAAGGUCACGGAGGCGCUCAUCGAUGGCGACGAUGACGAUGAAGAAGCAACUGGAGAAAGCGCCACCGCUCGAGCUCAACGUGAGUGUAUGGAGCGUCCAUUGUGUCAUACCUGUCACAUCCAGAGACCUCCAAGGUCCAAGCAUUGUCGUAUCUGCAAGACGUGUGUGCCCGUCUUCGAUCACCACUGUCCGUUUGUCGACAACUGCGUAGGACGCGACAACUACGCAGCAUUCCUGUUGUUCGUGACGUUCUUUACUGUGGAUAUCGUUGGGAUGGAGUACGUGCUCUACCUGCUGUGGCGUUAUCACCACGCUCUACGCCUGUACGCCGUUCUCGGCAUGGUCUACCUCGUGUUCAUCCUGCUUCCAGUAGCGCAACUCGCUGGCUUCCACAUCUACCUCACUGCUCGUAAUCGCACGACUAACGAGUUGCUCAAUGCCGCUCGUUAUCGCUUCCGUGGUGGUGAAAUACGCUCGUACGACCGCGGUAUCAUUCGCAACGUAGGCGACCGUUGUUUGGGUCUAAACAACGAACCAGAUGACGAAGAUUCGGAAGAGAAAGCCAAGCUACUCGACGACCAACUCAACGCCGUUCCCGUAUAG